UUCUGUUCUUUCAAAUUCAUCACUCUCAAACAACAAAAAAUUCUCUCUAUCCAAAAUCUUCUUUCCAUUUGCUCAUUUCUAGCUAAUACUCUAUCUCUAAAGAAAAAUGAAGAUGUCUGCAGUAUUCGCAAUUGUCAUGAUAAUGGGUUUAUUAUCAACUUCAUCAAGAGCUCAAGCUCCAGCAGCAACACCAACAGUUGCACCUGUUCCAAUUGCUUCACCACCAACAGUAGCUGCACCUGUACCAGCAGUUUCAUCACCAGCACCUUCAGUAGCACCAGUUACAUCACCUACCGUUUCACCAACAUCAGCCCCUACUCCGUCUUCAUUAGCUCCAACACCUGCCACUGCCAAGGCUCCAGCUGCUGCUGGCCCUGGUACCACCCCUGCUUCAGCUCCAGCUGCUGAUGCACCAUCAUCGAGUGCACACAGAUUUGUUGCUGUUGGAUCUGCUUUUGUUGGUAUAUUUGUUGCUUCAGUUUUCUUAUUCUAAGCCCAAGAAUAUUUGAGUAAUAUUUAGCCGCUGGAUUUUUAUCUAGGAAUCGGUUGAAUGGACGUGAUUUGAUCUCAUAAUUUUUUCUUUCUCUCAAUUCUUGUGAAUUUCCAUUUUUGGAUUUCUUUUCUCUUAUGAUUUAUUAUUCUUUGUUUGGGGACUAUUAUUGUUACUCUGACGGUGAUAGUGCGGUGGAGGACGAAUGAAUUCUUUGUAAGCUUUGGUGUACAUAGGAUAUUAUUGAAUAAAAUUGAUUCUUCUUAUUUGUUGAUCUAAUCUAUAUAAACCUUUUAA